AUGCGGAGAUCUGCGCGACUGCAGAAGCAGACCCUUCAUCCUCCCAAGAACCCGGUCCCGCUCACCGCCAACCCGCUGACGAGAUGGUCGCGGCGUCUGCCGAAAUGGACGGAUCUCAGCGGGACACUGACGCGCGUGCGUGUGGGUCUGGAAGGGUGCCACAGCGCCUUUAAUGCCACGAAUAGCGUACGUACAUGCCUGUACUUUCAAACAAUGUCCCCACCAACCUUCUUGAGGGCGGACUCGUGGAAGGCGAUAGAGCACGUACAGUUGCGCGAGACCGCCCCCACUGUUUUGUCCGCCUGCAACGUUCAGAAGGAUGUCCUCUCUAACUCAAGAGUAGCCUUUCAUUCGGAAAUGAAGUCGAGAAUGUCUGACUGCGACGAUACUGGCGCCCUCUCUGAAUCGCUAGCUGACGGCAUUGCCCUGUUCGGCGAGGAGGCCUACUUCUCCCCGCCACGCUACCCACCUUUCGACCACGGCAAAAUCGCGACCGUAGCGCCUAGUGAAUCUCCGUUAGUGGCGCUUGAAAACUUUGCUGAUCGCGCGCAGAGCGUCAUGCGUACGCGCCUCCCCAUUGCCGCCACUCAAAAUGAUGGAGGAAUUCGCCUAGUUGUGGGACAUGAAAACUGGGGCGUCCGCCGAAGUCUCUUACGGACCAAGGAUGUCACAACGCCAGUCCCUAUGACCGAUCCUACCUGUGCCACCGCCCCUGCUGGCAUCUCCGAGUCAAAGUCUGCACCUGUCGCGGAUAUGGUAGUCUACAUUCCACAGUAUGGCACCACCAGCUCCCUCAACGUGGUCACAUCCUUGGGCAUAGCGCUGUUCUAUUGUUACAUAGACGCCAACUGUCCAGAGGCGCGCGAGAUCUACUCAACAGAGUCUCUGUCUUACUCAACCGCUGAUGGUGCACCAGCUAAUUGUGCCUCUUCUUCCAAUGAACUCGAUGAGCUGCGCCGCUGUUUACACCAAUAUCAGGCCUUUUUCUCCGAGACCCUUCCAGCCCCUGUGAGCUCCGGAAGUGAAAGCGCGUUGGCGGCCACGGAUGCGCUGUCUCCUCGGCCAGCCACACCUGUUGUCGAUACCCACGUGAACACAACCCCUCGCGUGGACCACCGUCCCCUCCAUCCAGUCUUCUACCUGCGCUGCUUGGAAGAAAUACAGCAUCAGCAGCGCGCGUACCGACAGGCUUUGCUGCGGUACAGCCGUCGAUGCCAAGUGCUCACCGCAUCCCCACAACCUCACACAAACGCGAGCGCGUCGUUGUCGUCGCCGCCAGCCUCCUACUUUGGUCUCUCGGUCCUGUAUGAAAACGAGUACGAUCAGCGCAACUUUGGGGGCCUCAUUCGAAGUGCCAAUGCCUUCCUCGUCGACUACAUCUUCUACGUUGGCCGACGCAAGGUUAAUGUUGUCGGCGCUGUCGGCUCUCACCACUACACUCCACCCGUGUACCUCGGUGCCCUGCCAGACGCAUCAACUGUUGCAGUAACGGGCGAUCCAAGGUCGGCGAGCAUGUCGCGCGAGUGGGCGGCUGAGAUACACGCCAAGGUAGAAGAGGCAUACGAAGCCAUUGCCCCUCGAAAUUGGUGGCUACUCGAUUGUGGACACGACUUCUUGUAUGAAGCGACCCUUGAUGCGCAGCUGGAGCACGAUGGCUGUGAGGACGAAGCGGCUGCAUCUUCUUCUGCGUCAUUGCAAGCGUUUCGACGAAUGAAGGCCAAUGGACAGGUCCGCUCCCUAUGCGACAGCGAGGCGAGCCUGCGAGAAGCGAUUGACGACGGGUUGGUGCUACUCAUCCCUCAGGAAGGCAGACUGCCGCAUCCUGGGCUGAUGGGAUUGUGCACGGGCGUUCUCACGGUUCUUCCGGAAGGAACUCACUUCUGCGAGAAUACCGGAUAUGCAGCCGAUGACUGUAGUAAUGGCGGAGGCGGUCACCGCGGUCUUCCUUCGCAGGUGGCAAGCGGCAUCGCGUUACAGCGUUUGUCCGCCGUGUGUCAUCCAUGCCUAGCCGCUCUCUGA